CUGCAGCCCCCAGACAUGUCCUGCUACAGCCCGUGCCGGCCCUGCCAGCCCUGCGGCCCCACCCCGCUGGCCAACAGCUGCAAUGAGCCCUGUGUCAGGCAGUGCCAGGACUCCACCGUGUUCAUCCAGCCCUCGCCCGUGGUGGUGACCCUGCCCGGCCCCAUCCUCAGCUCCUUCCCACAGAACACCGUGGUGGGAUCCUCCACCUCGGCUGCUGUUGGCAGCAUCCUCAGCUCUCAGGGAGUGCCCAUCAGCUCCGGGGGCUUUGGCCUCUCUGGCUUGGGCAGUGGCCUCUGUGGCACGAGGUGCUUCCCCUGCUGAAGCUGCUCCCUGCACUGUGGCCUCCUCCUGG